AUGCAAGCACCACCUAACAUGCAAAAUAUUCAAAAUAUGGGUCAAAUGGGUGUUUCAAGCCCAUACGGAUAUGGUACCCCUGGAAGCGGUCCAGGUACUAUAAUGAAUGUACGAGCUGUCAAUCCUGUCUCCGUAGUUGCCCCCCAGCAAAGAGGAGGGGUCGGGUUUAACAUGAGAGCCAUGUCUGUCGGACGAUUUGGCGGUCCUGGUGGUCCAAGUGGUCCAAUAGAUGUUGGAAAUGUCGUAAGCGGCCAAGAAGGGAUGGUCCAGCAAAGUCAACAGCCCACCCCAAGUCCUGCUCAACCACAGUCCGGUGCGCCAACGGGUGGUCAACCGGAUCCUCAACAAGCCACACAGGGACCAGUAGCUGGUGGAAGUACGCAAUCCGAUAUGUUUUAG